AUGGGUAAAUGGACAGAUAAAUUAUACAUCACACACUCAGAAUGGAGUGGAGAGGUUGGUCAACAUUCAGCUUCUACGGGUAUUACUGGACACAAAUCCUCUGGAGGAUUCAAGCGCUUGCCUUUUUAUUGCUGUUCACUUUCCCUUCAGCCAUUUGAACAUCCUGUGUGUACACCUGAAGGAAUCGUAUUUGAUCUAGUUAAUAUUAUUCCUUAUAUCAAAAAGUACGGCACAAACCCAGUAACUGGAGAAAAGUUAGAAGCAAAGAAUCUGAUCAAGCUCAACUUUUUCAAGAAUGACAAGGAUGAAUAUUAUUGUCCUGUUACAUAUAAAGUAUUUUCAGACCACACGGCGAUCGCAGCUAUCAAGACAAGUGGCAAUGUUUUUGCAUAUGAUACCAUUGAAAAACUCAACGUCAAAGCAAAGCAUUGGAAGGAUUUAUUAACUGAUGAACCAUUUACGAGAAAGGAUAUCAUCAUGAUUCAGGAUCCUCACAACCUAGAAAACAAGGACAUGUCAAAAUUUGAUUAUCUCAACAAGAACAAGCGUGUGGUCAAUGCAGCUGAAGAACUUGAGAAACGAAAGCCUAUCAACAAUAUAAACGUUGCUGGGAUGGGAAAUACAAAAAAAGUAUUUGAAGAGUUACAAAAAAAGAAUAAUACCGAAACGAGUGAAACAGCGGUUGAAAAGAAGACGGCACCAACUUCAUUCCAUCAAAAGAAAGCUACCUUACCUUACAAUGCUGCACAUUAUACAACAGGUGAAGCUGCCGAGUCAUUUACUUCUACUGCUUUGAGUACAUACACUGCUAGUACAAGAGCACUCAUUGACGAAGAAGAGUUUAUGUACAAAAAGAUCAAAAAGAAGUCUUAUGCACGCAUCAUUACCAAUUAUGGUAACAUCAAUGUCGAACUACACAGUGAUAAGGUUCCACGGACCUGUCAUAAUUUCGUGCAACUUGCAAAAACUGGAUACUAUAACAAUGUCAUUUUCCAUAGAAACAUAAAAAACUUCAUGAUCCAAGGAGGCGAUCCUACAGGAACAGGUAAAGGGGGAGAAAGUAUUUGGAAAAGAUCUUUUCCUGACGAGAUCAAGACUACACUCACUCAUAAUACCCGUGGCGUGUUGAGUAUGGCCAAUAAGGGCAAGGAUACCAAUGGAUCACAAUUUAUGACCAGCUUUAUUACCUAUGCUGCUGCUCCUCAUUUGGAUGGACAGCAUACAGUAUUUGGUAAAGUGGUAGGAGGACUAGAUGUACUUGCUAAACUAGAAGCAGUACCUGUGGAUGAAAAAGACAGGCCUGAAAGAGAGAUCAAGAUAAAGGAAAUUCAAGUGUUUGUGGAUCCAUUUGAAGAAUAUCAGCGAAGACUGAAAAACAAACUGGCUCAUGAAGCUAAUGCAGAAGCAGAGAAUGAGGAAAUGCAAAAAAGGCGCGAGAAAGAAGAAAAGAUGGGCUGGUUUGGACCGAGCGUGUCAAAGAAAGCAGAAGGUGGAGUUGGUAAAUACUUGCAGCAGAGCUUGGCGAAAAGAAAUAGCAGCGAAAUGAGCAAAGAAGAACAAGAAACGGCACAAAAGAAGUUAAAGACAAGUAGCACAUAUGGAAAUUUUGAUAAUUUUUAA